CCACGAACAGCCCACCUCCUCCCAACGCUCAACGCCCAACUCUCAUAGCCCCUUCCCCUUCCUCAUAUCUACGUAUCAUGUCAUACGGUCGCGACAACGACAACUCGUACGGUGGAGGAAACGACUCGUACGGCGGAAACAACUCCAACUCCAACUCCAACUCCAACUCCAACUCCGAUUCGUACGGCAGCUCCGGAGGAAUAGGCAGCGGCGGACGUGACGAGUCUGACUCGUAUGGCUCUGGCGGCGCGGGAAACAACAACACCUAUGGGUCUGGUGGAGGGAGAGGUGGGGACGGUGAAGGUUAUGGUUCGUCGAGGAACGAGUCCGACUCGUACGGGUCUGGUGGAGGCGGAAGGGGUGGGAACAACAACGAUAGCUCCAACUCGUACGGCUCGUCGGGCGGCAACGACAAUACCUACGGCUCUUCCACCAACCGCGAUCGUGACGAUAAUACCAAUACCUACGGCUCCUCGAACAACGACUCGUACGGUUCGUCUACCGGCAACCGCGACCGGAACGACAACAACAGCUCGUACGGUUCCAACGAUAAAGACUCGUACGGGUCUUCCAACAACAACAACAACAACAACAACAACAGCAGCAACGAUAAAGACUCGUAUGGCUCCUCUAAUAAGACUGCCCACGGUUCCUCCAACACCGACUCCUACGGCUCUUCCACCAACAACUCCAACUCGUACGGAUCCAACGACAGCGACUCGUACGGGUCUUCCAACAAGACCUCCCACGGCUCCUCUACCAGCGACACCUACGGUUCUUCCAACAACAACUCGGGUACCGCUGGCACGCACCAAUCGAGCGGCAAGAGCGGAGACUGGGCGGAUAAAGGUGUUGCGUACGCCGCGAAGAAGGUGGGAUACAACAUUGACGAAAGCACAGCCGACAAGGUCGGCGACCAGCUCGAGGCGGGGUUGAAGAAGUUCGGGGGCGGCAGUUUCUGAUUCUAUCACGGACGGAUUCUGAUCUCGUCGUGGACGCGCGGACUGGUGGCAGUUUGGCUGCCGUGUUUAAGGAGCUUCGAUUGAUGGAAGGAGGGGGGUCGGAUGGAUGGAUGAACGAAUGAAAGGAUGGACGGAUGAACGAACGGAUGGAUGAGGAGGUUCGUGCAGCGGAGACAGUAUCAACGGUCGAGGGCUCCGGACCCGCGGACUCCGAACGAAGUAUACGAGUUGUUUGUAUUACUGUACAAUAUACCGCGCCUAUAUCAUUUCUGGCUUUC